UCCAUUGUUUUUGUUUGUUCAUCGAAGAGAGAAGAGAAAAAAUUCGAAGAAUCCAUAUCAGUGUAUCCCUCUCUCUUCUCUCUCUCUUUGCUAAGCGCUUUCAGCUUUUUGUUUUGUUCUCUAAUGGCUUCUAGCAACACGACUGCUGGGGUUGAUAAUACGUUUAGAAAGAAGUUCGAUGCGGAAGAGUUUAAGGAGCGUGCUCGUGAACGCGAAAAGAAGGAGUCAGAUCGGUCUAAAUCUCGCUCCAAAGGUCCUCCUGUGCAAAGAGCCCCUUUGAAGCAUAGAGAUUAUCAUGUAGACCUAGAAUCUCGUCUCGGCAAGACACAGGUUGUUACACCGGUAGCGCCUCUAAGUCAGCAGGCCGGUUAUUUCUGUCGCGUCUGUGACUGUGUUGUUAAAGAUUCAGCAAACUACUUGGAUCACAUUAAUGGGAAAAAACAUCAACGGGCACUGGGAAUGUCUAUGCGGGUGGAGAGAUCGUCACUUGAACAAGUCCAGGAGCGGUUUGAGGUUUUAAAGAAGCGGAAAACGCCAGGAACUUUCACAGAACAAGAUCUGGACGAACGCAUCCGGAAACAGGAAGAAGUAGAGGAAGAACAAAAAAGACAGCGUCGGGAGAAAAAGAAAGAGAAGAAGAAAGGAAAGGUGAUAGAAGAGGAGCCUGAGAUGGAUCCUGAGGUUGCAGAGAUGAUGGGAUUUGGGGGCUUUGGAUCUUCGAAAAAAUCAUGAUGAUUUUUUUUUAUCACUGGUAUCUGUUGUGUUCUAGCGUUUUUGAUCCACACAACUUUGUAAUCUAACUUCACAUAAUGAUAUUGUUUCAUUGUGCAAGAAGAGGAAUUUGUAUCACUAAAGUUAAUUGGUGCUAUGAAAAAACUGAACGAUGUCUGAUGGCCCAUUCAUCAUGUGGCUUUGAGGGAAGAAAUUGUGCUUCAUGCUUAAUCGUAGUGGCUAUAUAAUCUGCUAUGUUCAAUUCCCUUAGAUCAGAUGUUUGAAGGUAUUACCCAAAUCAUUAUUAUGAAAUUGUCUUCUUGGAUAAACUUUUCAAGGUCCAACAUUAUCGUUUGAUUAUUUAUAUACAAUAAGAGUAAUUAUUCUA